UAUUUUUUUCUCAAAAUAUGAGCUUCGCUUUGCGGCGUUGGGAAAAAUUUUUUGUGGGUGAAGAACUGCGAAUGUUUAAAGAAAGGAAACAGUAUUGCAAAAUUUUUAAUACGUAGGUUUACGGUUAUAAAUGCAAUUAAAAUAAAGCUAUAUAAGCGAUAAAAAUUGAAGAUAUUUAAUUAGAAAUACAGAAUUUCUGUGAGUUGUAAUUUCUGUAAGGAGCACAUCAUUGGCAGUCCAGAGAUUGUGAAUAAUCUCUUAAAAAGGAAUAUCAAGGCAAUAAAAAUUAAAAUUACUUUUUUGUUCAACAAAGGCGCGGUGGAAAAAGCGCAGUGUUUAAUUUCCUGCGCGUUUAUGUGUAAAUGUUAAUUUCGGUGGUAAUUACAAUUGCGCUUAUAAGGAGUUCUUUACAGCGGUUGCGAAGGCGUGGCUGUCUGAAUUCAGAUUUUGCAAUAACUGGACGGACCAGUGAAAUUAAAAUGAGCGUGAAUUACAUGGGACAGCAACAACAAACUGAUGUUGACAAUGUGGGUUCGUCUAUGCUAACUAGUGAUGCUCUAAAUGGCAUUGGUGCAGUUUCCAGUGGCAGUAUCAUUACUUUUAAACCUGACGACAACCAAUGCACUCAUGAAAUCACAAAUAAUAAUGUGAAAGUUAUUUGCAGUCCCGGCACUCAUGAUCAUGGAUCUUCAAAAGUGAAAUUAAAGAACAUUGUGGAUUACAAAUGGGAGUUAAAAAACUAUCCUGGUCAUUUAAUUGCUGUGCACAUGGAUGGAAAACACAUUGCCUAUGUCAUUAACGUUAAUAACAAACUAUCGCGUGUUGAGGGUAUGGUUCGUGUUGUUAAAGCUCAGACGGGACUUCGUGCUUUAAUCAAGGGGAUGUCGGGGGAAGUUCUCGAUCUACAAUUUGCACAUAUUGAAAAGGAGCGUAUACUGGGUUCAAUUGAUAUGAAUUCUCUUUACAUACAUAAAAUAGAUCUUGUUGGUAACAACUUGCUCUGCAAUCUUAUUGUGAAAAUAGAAGAUCCGUUGUCAAGUUAUUCUCCCAAAUAUGACAAGAUAUCUUGGUGUCCUUUUAUUGAUGUCCCCGGUGAGGAUGAUGAAGAUAGCGAAUUAAUUGCGUGGGCGAGAGGUUCAAUGUUACAAUGUUUCAAUAUAAGCGUUAUCGUAACUGAAUAUGGAGCGGGUGUUAUACAUCCGAAUGAUAUUUCGACAGGCUAUUUAAAAGUCUACGAUGAACUGUGCACCAUAAGCUGGGUAGCUUUAUCUCCCGAUGGUUCUACUUUGGGUGUCGGCAGUACUGACGGUGUUAUACGUUUUUAUCAAGUUUACAUGCAUGACAAGGAACCUCGGUGUUUACAUCAAUGGAAUCCACAUAAUGGAAAACCUAUAUCCUCUUUCUUUUUUCUAGACAAUUUAACCAAAAAUGUAUCUGAAACUUAUUGGAAAUAUGCUAUCACCGGCGCCGCUAAUAAUACUGAAUUCAAAGUAUGGGACUGCAGUACUUGGGAAUGCCUGCAAUCACUCUGCAUUACGACAGCAACGGAAGAAAAAAAACCGCUGCGUUUUAUUGCUGAAAUCGAUCGAACAUCCUCGUAUUUCGUUAUAUCAAGUCUAGAUACACGCACAUGUUAUAUCAUGCAAAUUGUAAAUAACAGCAACAAUACAUCACUAACGAAAGGUUCUGAUAAUGAGAGUAACAACAAUUUGGCGAAUAUCAGCAUUAGUAGCAAUAGUAGUAUUGGCAGUUUCAAGUCUCUUUCGAAAAAUUCACCUUCGCUCGUAUAUAUAAAAAGCAUUUCAGAGUUCCCACUUAGCUCCGGGAUUCUAUCAUUUUCAAUUGUCGAUGCUGCAGUGCGGCGUUAUAAAUGUUGCAACGAUAAUUAUCUAUGCGAUGAGUUUGAUGACUAUGAUGAGGAAACUAAUUCCACAUACUGCGUAGUGGUGCGAAUGUUUAUUGUGCAAUCGAAGAGUAUGCAGGAGUGCCGCAUACUAUAUCAACCAUCUGUUACGGAAAAUACGGACGUGCGAAGCACAUUGUCUGAUGAGAGCGGAGAAGUAAUUGCUUCUAAAGAUUCAUCCUUACUAGAUAGCGUAGUAAGCUGCAUUGGAAGUGGUGGGAGUGAUAUUAUCAAGGGUGGUGUUAUUGGAAUUGCAAACAGUUUGAACUCGAAUAAAUUAUCACAUUCACAUAUUAAAUCGGAAGACGUAAAUGAGGAACGCGUAAAACAAGAAAAAAACAGUAAAACCAAUUCUUUGGAAUCAUUACUCGGUAUUGCGACGGCCCCAUCUGUUAGUGUCGCUAAUCAAAUGACCGUGCAAACAGCAACCAUUUCGUCUUCAGUUGUCACAGUGGCAGCUACGGCAUCCGCCAUACCAGCAGCGGUGUCCGCUGAACUAAAUGAUGUUCGAUCGCGCACUGCUUCUCCCCAAACAAGCAAUAAAAGCUUCACACAAGUAAAUCUUAUGACGCCGGAUGCAUUUAGCUCCACAUUAAGUGAUAAAAACACGAAUGAUUGUGUCAGUUCAGAAGUGUUAAACACAAUUUUAAUGUUAGCCAGUGUAGCGGGACAAACAUCGGCACCAAAAACAGAAACUAUAAAUAUUUUGAAUUUGGUAAAUAAUAAAAUAAUUGAAGAUCAAGAACAUCAAAAAUUGCAAUUGAAACAGUCUUUAGACCCGCAGAAGAAAUUUAUCGCUAUUGAAAAUAAUAUCGGCCGUAAUUUGGACAAUCUGGCUAGUGGUGGAUCAAGCCCCAGUCGGGAAGUACAGGAAAUCAUGUCACUACAAGAGCAUGACAGUGGCGAUGAUGAGUUACUCGACAAAACUGCUACUAAUAUCAAAGUGAAGGUGAAUAAUCCACCAGCAGCCCAAAUGGAUGAACAAGGAUUGGAUGUGUCUGCUUCCACAUGCCAUUCAACCAGUAGCAUCCCGAAUUGGCCAAAAGUCCCGGAGAUGCACAAAUCUGCUACCAAACAUUCAACUGAGCUUCAGAAUGCGGCAAAUUUAAUUUCGCAAGCAGUAAGCGCUUCUUCGGGGAAUAAUCUCAAUAACAGUCAUGUUGCUCCAAAUCUUAUAAGUACUAACAGCAGCAGUAAUGGGAAUCUUCAAGGUAUGGGAGGUGGCAGCAACACGGAAUUCUCGGAAUUAAAUGGGAAAAUAAGUCAAUUAAUUGACCUAGUAAAGGCGCAAUCAAUGCAAAUUAACAAUCUUCAAGCAGAAGUGGCCAGUAUGAAGAAAGCAAAUCCAAUGGCAUCUACAAAGAGUAUGUCUGAAUUCUCAUUUAAAUUAGAAAUGCAGUUGUCAAAGCUGAUGGAACAGUAUCUUAAACGUUACGAAAAUGAGCACAAGAAGAAAUUAGCAGCUUUUAUGGCCGGACGGGAUCAGCAAAAUAGAGAAUUACGGGAAAGUUUAAUUCAAAUUCUGAAUCAAUAUAUUUUAACACAUCUUGGGGAAGUCGUAUCCAAGGUCAUAAAUAUGGAAAUUCAGCGUCAAUUAGCACCAAUGCUGUCAGCGAAAAUUGAACACUUGCAACAACAAAUACAAUUAGAUGUCGCUCAGAAACUAACAGCUUUUGACCUUAUGCUUAAGGAAAAUAUUUCACAAGUUUGCAAGAGCAAGAACAUAAUUGAGACUUUUGGAAAAUCCGUUUUGGUUGGGGUUCAAGGUAGUCUGCAGGCAGCAUUUAUUGAAUCGAUGUCUAGCACUUUGAUACCGGCUUACGAGAAGUCAUCACAAAAUAUGUUUAAACAACUACAUGACGCUUUUUCUGUUGGAAUCAAAGAAUUUAUGGAACAGUUCGAUAAUUAUCUGCAACAUUUGCAACCUAUGCAAGACUCCACAGAAGAGGUUCUUAAUAAGUUCUCCGGCUUUCGUCAACAUUUGGACUCUAUACUAAUUAAGCAUCGGAAUUCGGUGACAGAAACAAUGCUUGAGACACGUAAAGACGUGAAAAGCCUAGAGAUUCUACUUUCGCGACAAAUUCAAGAAACUUUUCGCACUGAGAUGCGAAGAUGUUUUGAGAAUCAAACUGUUGCGUUACGCUCCCAAACCAACACUCCGGCUCCCAUGUUUGACAUGAAAGACACUAUAAAAUUACUACUCCAUCAAAACCAAAUCAACAAAGCAUUUCAUCAGGCUUUGUUGGCCAAUGAUUUAAAUUUGGUGGAGUUUACCUUAAAGAAUGCCGACCAUGCUACGGUCUUCACACCCGAUUGCUGCUUGGAGCAGAAAGUGUUAUUAUCGCUGAUUCAACAAAUCUCGGCCGAUAUGAGUAAUCACAAUGAAGUAAAACAAAACUACUUAGCCGAUGCUCUACUAGCUAUUAACCCGAUGGAUCCCAUUACGCGUGAACAUGCACCAAAAGUACUGCAAGAACUAUUUCGUAAUUGCAAAAUGUUUUUGGUAAGCCAUUCCAAGAGCCCGCAGUGUAGCAAUGUGCGUAUGUUAAUGAAGGCCGUUCAAGCAUAUAUGGACCAAUUUUAAUAUAUGACUGCUGGUUGUUAUACUUCAAUAUUAUCGGCCAUGUGUGCUCAGCCAACGCUAACAGCUCAAAGACUGGUAUUUUCGACACCAGCUGCACCCAGCGCAGCUGUACAUAGUAUAUCCGUUAAAUCACGAAAGCGUUAAUUUAUUGAUGAGAAGUCGUAAAAAAUAUUUAAAUCAGCAGGGCAGUAAUUGAAAUACAAUUUCACUGACUCUUCUCAUAUGAAAGAAAGUAAUUAAUAAAUUUGCAGACCGUCAAGAAAAUGAAUAAACCGAUUAAAAAAAAUAAAAAAAUAUGAAAAUUUAAAUAUCUUUUGUAGAAUGAUGUAUAAUAUUUUUGUAAAUCCGAGAGAAUUAAAGUUGUUUUAAUUAUCAAGUAGUAAUUCUAUGAGGAAGUAUGUAUUUUUAUGUAUAUUUUUUAAAACUAUAGUAUAACAAUUAAUUAUUUUUAUUUUGAUCCUUGAACUACAAAUGAAAUAAGUGACCAGAAAUGGAGAUUAGUAGAUGUUUGCAUUUACGAUUUUUUUGUGAAUUCUGUUUCUUUGUAAAAAAUAUAGUGAUAAUGAUUUGUAUGGUACCAAACAUAUGCUUGCCUAAAUAUGACCUUCAAUAAAACUCAUUUCCAAUUAAUAACAUCUAUUUUUAAAAGUAA